AUGGCAGAAAGUGUAGUCAAGCUAGUUAUACAACAUUUGAUCCGGUUGUUAUCCCAAGAAGCAUCAUUGUUGGAGGGUAUCCAUAAGAAAGUUGCUAACAUCAAAGACAAGCUUGAGAGCAUUCAUUCCUUCCUUAAGGAUGCAGAUGCAAGGGCCAAGAUGGGAGACAUGAACAACAUUGCGAUAACAUGGGUCAAGCAAAGACAGGUGAUUGCCUCUAAGGUUCAAGACAAUCUCAAGGUUAUUAGGAAGAGAGAUAAUGACAAAGGCAGUAGAAUAGUAAUCACAACUCGAAGUGAGGAUGUUGCUCCUUCUGUCAAUGAAUCUCCACAUUAUUAUGUGUACAAGCUACCACCUCUACCUCUUGAAAAAGCCUUGGAGCUCUUCUGCAAGAAGGUGUUCCAAUGUGAAAGGAGCAAAUGUCCUUCUGAUUUAGCUGAUUUGUCACAUGGCAUAGUUGAGAGGUGUGGAGGGUUGCCACUAGCAAUUGUGGCUAUAGGUGGUCUUUUGUCAAGCUAA